CCGCGAGCGUGACAGCUCCUGAAUGCUCAUGUGCCAGAGCAUACGACCAAUCUGAUCACUCGAUCACCUCGUCACCGACAAAGGAGCUCACUGCGGCCUCGUGCGCGAUAGAUGAUGGCUCGGGGAAGAGGCGGUGCGAGCGGCGCCGGCGCCCUCGCCGCCGCGGCGCUCCUGGUCAUCGGCCUCCUCGUGAUGGCGACGAGCGCGCCGCUCGCCGAGGCGGCGGAGUCGUACAUGGUCGGCGACUACGGCGGCUGGAAGUUCAACGUCGACCGGUGGGCCAAGGGCAGGACCUUCCGCGCCGGCGACCAGCUCGUGUUCAACUACAACCGGGCGGUGCACGACGUGGCGGUGGUGAACGCGGCGGCGUACCGGAGCUGCGUGGUGCCCAGGGGCGCCAGGGUGCUGCGGAGCGGGCGCGACAAGGUGCGGCUCGGCAGGGGCACGCACUACUUCGUCUGCACCGUGCGGGGCCACUGCCAGGCCGGCAUGAAUGUUGAUAAGCUCUCUGCAGCAUGGGAUGAGGAGCCUGAGCUGUGCUCAUAG